AGGGCGAACACGGCGAACAGAGGCCUAGCAGGCCAGCACACGCACAGUUCCAAAAUAGGAGUCUGACUCGCGGUUCUUGAGACAUAUACUUCCAAAAGAGGUCCUCACUGUACGUGCAUGCACACACAGGUGACAGGUCACUGUACUCACGGCAACUGAUCGAUUCCCCUGCACAAUAAAUAUCCAACCAGUGUUUUGCUGGUCGAGAAAGAUCGAUCGGUCGCCAUGGCUGCGGCGUCGAUGCUUCUCUUGGUGGCCACUCUCGUUGUCAGCCAUGGCGUCGACGCCUUCGACCCCAACCCUCUACAGGACUUCUGUGUCGCCGACACGGAGUCCGAGGUGCACGUGAACGGGGUGCCGUGCAAGGACCCGGCGACUGUGGUGCCCGAGGACUUCUUCUUCGCCGGCGCAGACAAGCCCGGCGGGACGGCGAGUCGGCGCUACGGGUACUCGUCGCUGCCCGUGCGGAUCCCGGGCCUGAACACGCUGGGCGUGUCGCACGCCCGCGUGGACGUCGCGCCGGGCGGCGUCUUCCCGCCGCACUACCACCCGAGGGCGUCCGAGACGGCACUGGUGCUGGAGGGCUCGUCCGUCUACUUCGGCUUCCUCGACUCCGGCAACAGGCUCUUCGCCAAGGUGCUCCGCAAGGGCGACGUGUUCGCCGUGCCGCAGGGGCUCGUCCACUUCCUCCUCAACAACGGGACCGCGCCCGCCGUGCUGUACGCCACGCUCAGCAGCCAGAACCCCGGCAUGGUGCUCCUCGCGGACGCGCUCUUCGCGCCGGCGACGCCGGUCCCGGAGGAGCUUCUCGCCAGGACACUCCUGACGGACAGACAGACCGUGGAGGAGAUCCGGGCAAACUUCAAGCGACGGUCUUUGUCGUCGGGCUUCUUGAUGGCUGGUCCUGGCGGCGAGAGCCACGCUAGUUAGCUUGUUUCUAGUUUCGUUUUGAUCUCUGUUCUACUUAGUUAAAUCGACAAUAACUAGCAGCAAAGAGUCAUGGAUCCUAACUCUGAUUGCAUAUGAGUUAGAGUAUCUCCACUCGUUUCCCGAGAAGCCCCCCAUGAGCCGUUUUUUACAUCCGGACGGCGAAAAACGGCCUAAUUUCGUCCGGACUCCCCGGGCCAUCCUCGGUUUCCCGGGGAUCUCUCGGGGACUCCGGAUGGAGCAAAACCAACCGCCCACGCCCACGUGUCUCCUCUUUCGUCCGGACUCCCCAGGCCAUCCUCUUUUUCCCCGAGAAACGCCGCUUGGAGAGCAC